AUGGAGGGUACGGCCAGUGUGGCGGCGCCGAGACAGGACAGGCCCGACUCCAAGCCCAGGCGUGACGGCGGCGGUGGCCUCAAGAGGGACCGUGACGGCAAUGCCAAGAAGCCGCAGCAGUCCAGGGAGAUCUCACGCAAUGCCUACACGUCCAUGUUUGAGCGGUUCCGGGACGAGCUCGACGAGCAUCACGACCGCAGGGAGCGCGUGGUCAAGGUGUCCAGAGAUGUCACGGCUUUGAGCAAGAAGAUCAUUUUCUCAUUACAGAGGGUCCGGUCCAUCGACCCGGACCUCCCCAAGGACGUCGAGUCAGACAUGAAGACGCGCCUGCAGGAGAUCUCCAAGCACCUGUCUACCAUCGCCACCGACGUCCAGGGCAUCAACCGCUGGCGGUACGCCCGCAGCAUGAGCUGCAUCGAGGAGUUCGUCGAGGCCGUGACCUUUGCGCACUACCUCCGGCAGCAGAGCCUCAUGGACGUGGCAGAGGCCAGGACGCUUCUGCACGAACUCUGCACCGCCGUCCUGCCAGCUGACGAACCUGACCAAGCCCCCGCAGAAGAAGACAAGCCCGAGUCAGCAGGCGAAGCCAUGGACGUGGACGAGGCCAAACCUGGCAUCGACCUGACCGACGAGGACUUCGUCAUGGGCGCCUUUGACCUGUCGGGCGAGAUGAUGCGCUUCGCCACGACGACGGCCGCGCUCAACGGCGAGCUGGCCGGCGGCGGUGGCAGGACCAUCGUCGCCGACAUGCAGGAGCUGGGCAGCUUCUUCGAGAUGCUGCCGCAGCGCGGCGACCGCAGCUGGGACGGCAAGAUGCAGGUCAUGCGCACGUCGGUCAAGAAGGUGGAGCGCCUGGGGUACGGGCUCAAAGUCCGCGGUAGCGAGCGACCUAAGGGGUGGAUGCCCGAUACCCGGGGGGAGAGCCCGCCUGCGUCGCCUUGA